GGUUGAAUGUCUGAUGACGUCAGCUACGCCGGUGUGUGAGAAUUCCCCGUCCGUCCCCAGAAAAUGGCCGAGUGCCCCCCAAGAUUGUACUGCAACUACUGCCAAGAGGAGUUAAAGUCCUUCAGCGUGAAAUGUUGCGACUGCUCCGAUGGCGAGACUUUCGAUCUUUGUUUACAGUGUUUUCGUGCUGGAGCUGAGAUUGGUUGUCACAAGAGGGAUCAUGGAUAUCAAAUAAUGGAUAAUUCUUUAUUCCCCUCUGGAGGGAGAAGUUGUUGGAGUACAACAGAAGAGAACAGCUUGCUUGAUGCUAUCGAGUCAUUUGGCUUCGGAAAUUGGGAUGGAGUAGGUAAUCAUGUCGGAUCAAAGACAAAAGACGAGUGUUCUGACCACUACAAUACCUUCUAUGUACAAGGAAAGAUUGGAAAAGAGACAUUACCAGAAACCCGUUCCGUCAACUUCAUAGACCACACAGGACCAGAAGAUGGGCCAUUAUCUCCUACAUUAGGACUAACAUUCAAGCCCGUAGAACUAACAUUAGCAGAGCAGCAGGACCUUUGUUACAUGCCAUUAAGAGAUGAUUUUGAAAGGGAAUUUGACAAUGAUGCAGAAACACUCAUCAGCAACUUAGCAAUAACAUCAGAAGAUGAUGAAUUAGAUAUAUCACUCAAGCUAGCGCACGUAGAUAUGUAUUCAAAGAGGUUAAAGGAGAGAGGUAGAAGGAAAACCAUAUCCAGAGAGAAUGGUCUCAUCACCGCUGCAGUAUCAACCGCAUCCCCAGUUCCACUCUGCCCACCCACGCCUUCAUCAGCGCAGAAACAAAAAGUAGCAACUCCUAAACGUAAGCCUUCCAAGGAGGAGCUAGAGUUCCGGGAGAAGCUGAGACCGUUAGCUCGAUUCAUCCCCUCAACAGACCUUGAAGAAAUGUUUGAUAAUGUACAGAAGGAGAAAGAAGUUAAAUCAAGAAUUAAGGAACUAGUCAGGUGUAGAAGAAAUGGAAUCACAAAAUUAAAAGAAUGUGAAGAGUAUGAUGAAGCCAAAGCAAAGAGGGAAAAGCGGAAAGAAAACAAGAAGAAGCUGGCUGAAAAGACAAAGAAAGGAAACUCAAUAACUGCCAAAAAGCCUGAUUCUAAGGAUGUGAAAGAGGAAGUCAAGGAGGAAAAAAUGGAUGUUAUAGAAGAUGAAUUUCCAACUCUGAGAUCGUCCCAUGGAUUCAGUUAUCUAUCAGAAAGGGAAAAGAAGCUCUGUUCGUCUAUGAAGAUGAAGCCAGCUAGAUAUGUCACCCUGAAAACACUCAUCAUAAAGGAUCACUACCUACGAAAACAAGGCAUUCCUCCCAAGACUCGCUACCCUGGCAACCUGCACAAGUCGCAUCGCAAGCGCAUCGCCAACUUCCUCACCAAAAACGGCUGGAUCAAGGCUAGUUGAGAAUAACAAUCGUCCCCGCCCCACCCCCAUUCUCCAUCAUUACUCCAAAAAAUGAAAAUAAAUACCUUGCCUUUUUGUUUGUCUUUUUUUCCUGAUUUUGUGAUGUUAGAGAUACCAAGAAGCAUCGCUAUUUAUUGACCAUCGCUGUCUUGUAUGUGUACAUGUACUUUUCUUUUAUGAUGUAAUUCGGGUAUUCCCCUUUAUGUACCUCCAAGAACCCUAAUGUACAAGGCAGUCAUAUGUCAUGUACAUUUUGCUUGCACAAGUGAAGUCUUGAAUGCAGAUUGAAGAAAAGCCAAAUGAUCCUUGAUUGACCGGGGUCCAACGUACUUGAUGAGUGCUGAUGUACUGCCAAUUUGAGUGUAUCUAGCGAUCAGUCUUCGAUGCAAUAUGUCGAAAUUGUGCCAAAUUAGGUUACAUGAGCUCCAUGUCAGCUCAAACUAGCGUAAUGAGUGAUUCUUUCCAUAUGAUUUAGGCUAGCUGUGUAUUCACUGAAUUCUUUAGAAUUGCAACUUCUGUUCCAACUUAGAGUGAAAAUUGAUCAUAUCACAGAAAGGUAGUUCUUUAUAAGUCCAAAUUAACCUAGCUUCCAUACUGAGUUUUCUCCCAUAUGAUUGAGGGGAGCGAUGUAAUUGGAGAGGACAUAGUUUACACUCCAGACUCUGUUUAACUCUUGUGCAUCGUAAAGAAAGAAAGGCUAGGUCUGAGAACCAGGCUAAUAUUUGAAAAGUACUGUUUACGUUGCACAGAAUGAAGCAUGAGAUCUCUUUCAGGCUGUGAUAUAAAGAAUUGAUCAUACAAUGAUAAUUAUAUUGUCUGUUUUGUCCUUAUGUCUCCAAAUGAAUUAUGGUCAAAAACUGUUUUUUAAAAUUAAAUUUAUUUGGAUGCUAGUCCAGAAAUAGAGCCAGUUAUGCAUAUAUUCCACAUUACAAGCAGAACCGACGAUAGCUUAUAGGCAAGUGUGGUUCAAGCAUAUGUUGGUUGCCAAUUUAUGAUUACACAAUCUUAGCCUUCUAUGCCCCAGAGAAUACCAUAUGAGUUGUUUUCAUAAUUCAAUUUUGGCGAGGAUUAUUGAAUAAUCCAUUCCUUCAUAAUGUCUGGUCAGAGCCAGAAGGGCGUUAAAUCUGUGUUUAUAGUUCAUGAGUUAAUGUUGUUCUGGCUCCAAAUAGACAGCAUGCUUUCCCCCGUAAUUGGUUACUUAAGGCAGAUAAGACGUCCCUUGGCUCAAUCCAUAGGCCAUUAAUAAAUAAAUAAUAACAAUUUAAAAAACAGUGCUCAUAAAGCGCUUACCACCAAAGUCUCUAAGCGCUAUAUCUUUGUCUCAUCUCAGAAAACGCAAUUAUUUGGCGUAAUCCAGUUUACCGUCAUAUUAUUCUUUAUUCUAUCUGCACCAUCUUAAUAAUAACAGAAAUAAAUCAUUUUUAUCUCGGCUACUAUCCAUUCGGGCAUGGACUUCAUAUUUCUUGACAAUUUAAUUUCACAAAUCCAGUUUCCAUCAUAUAACUCUUUAUUCUAUCUGCGGCAUCUUAAUAAUAAGAGAAAUAAAUCAGUUUUAUCUCGGCUACUUAUUUUUCUUAGCAAUUUAUAUUUCACAAAUCCGGUUAUCAGAAUGAAAGGAGAAUUUUCUUAUCAAAUUUUAAAAGCUAACGCCUCUAGUUGUGAUUUAGAAUAUUGUGGGGAGGGAAUUAAACCUUUAUCAUCAAAUUUAUAUAACCACAAGUGAGUCCACACGGUCCCUAACUACAAGAUAAUUUCCAAGUUUGUAACCACGUCCUUAACUUCAAAUAGACAUACUGUUAUGGGAACCUUCCCAUUGUUUGCCAAUUCACCAAGCCUGAAACCAGGGAUCGUCGUUAAUUGUCUGUCCUUGCGGGGCUUUUGUCAGGCUGUCAUCAAUAAAGCCAUACCUGAUAGUCCGAUUAAUAGGAUUUUGCGUGAUGCUCCCAUGCACACUCAUUAGUGAGGGGAUUUGUUGGGAUCUGUUGCCUUAAUUUUGGAGUAGAACGGUGUUUUUACACCUACUAUUGCUAUGCUUGUCAGCCUAUUUCGAUUGAACAACUUGGAGACAUGAAUGAUUUAGCAGCAAUUGACCCCUUUCCGCGAUUUGCGGUGAGUGAAAUCUCCAUUUUAAACGAAUUAAUCAACCUGUCAUUUCUAUCAUAUAUUAUACAAAAUGAGAAAUUGGAUGACUGCACUUGAUGAGAAAUAACAGAUUAAGGUGUAAAUGGAAUGAUAAAACCGAUGAAAUACUUCAUUUGUUUUCAACUACAUUUCAAAGAGUAAUCACAUUACUCUAUUUAAGUCCAAACAAUAACAGAUCAAAUCGUAGAAAAGAUGCUAAAGCCAAUAAAAAAGAAACC